AUGAGCCACCUCUUCUGCCCGCGGCUGCCGGCCCUGGCCGCCUCGCCGCUGCUGUACUUGUACGGCCCGGAGCGGCCCGGGCUGCCGCUGCCCUUCGCCCCCGCGGCCGCGCUGGGCGCCUCGGGUCGGGCUGAGCCCCCUCAGAAGCCGCCCUACAGCUACAUCGCGCUCAUCGCCAUGGCCAUCCAGGACGCGCCCGAGCGGCGGGUCACGCUAAACGGCAUCUACCAGUUCAUCAUGGACCGCUUCCCCUUCUACCACGACAACCGGCAGGGCUGGCAGAACAGCAUCCGCCACAACCUCUCGCUCAACGAGUGCUUCGUCAAGGUGCCGCGCGAGAAGGGGCGGCCGGGCAAGGGCAGCUACUGGACGCUCGACCCGCGCUGCCUGGACAUGUUCGAGAACGGCAACUACCGGCGCCGCAAAAGGAAGCCCAAGCCCGGCAUCGCGGCGCCCGAGGCCAAGAGGGCCCGCGCCGAGACGCAGCACGAGACGGCGGGCGGGGGAGCGCUCCCAGGCCCCGCGACGCCCCGCCUCGUGGAGGGCGCGCCGACGCGCCCCUCGCCCGCCCCGGAUGAGCCCUUUCGGCCGGUGCCCGUGCCCUGGCCGGGUCCUGGGUCCCCGGGCCAGGAUGUGCACGACGCUGCCCAGGGCGCAGCGGCCGUGGUCGUCGGCCAGCCUGGGCACACGGCGGAGAGCCCCCGGUGCCCCGGGCGCCCCGCCUCCCGCAGGUCUCUGAAAGGCGCCGACAGGGCCAAGAGCUUCAGCAUAGACAGCAUCCUGGCGGGGAGGCCGAGUCCGAAGCCCGCAGAGAGGGUCGAGCUCCCGGGGGGCGCCAAGCCAGGCCUCGGAGGCGGGGCAGGCGCUUCGCUGCUAGCCAGCUCCGCCGGCCUCCGCCCGCCGUUCAACGCCUCCCUGAUGCUCGAUCCGCACGUGCAGGGCGGCUUUUACCAGCUCGGGAUCCCCGUCCUCUCCUGUUUCCCCCUGCAGCUCUCCGACGCAGCGUUCCACUUCCUGUAA